UCAGGGAUGGAAAACCUCACACCAGAGCAAUGGCGCGAGAUUAUGAACAAGAAGUUGCAGUUCCCCCCGGAGCUCAUCGGGGCCAUUCAGGAGGGGAAAAUCGAGCUGCUGUGUGGACUGCUGAAGACCGGCGACGGCAUCGUCCGCCAGCUGGAGGAGUCCGAGGACCGCCAGUGGAGAGAGGCCCUCAACCUGUCCAUCCGCCUGGGCAAUGAGGCUGCCAUGGUCGCCCUCCUGCAAGGGGUCAAGUUCGACUUCCGUCAGAUUCACGAGGCUCUGCUGGUCGCCGUGGACACCAACCAGCCCAGCGUGGUGAAGCGUCUGCUGGACCGGCUGGACCAAGAGAAAGGCAACAAGAUGGACGUGCACUCCUUCUCUCAGGCCAUCUUUGACCACUCCAUUGACAACUCCCAGUUUGCCCCAGGUGUGACCCCUCUGACCUUAGCCUGCCAGAAAGACCUGUAUGACAUCGUGACCAUGCUCACCCUAAAAGGCCACAUCAUCCCGUGGCCACACAAGAUCUCCUGCGCCUGUCUGGAGUGUCGGAACGGGCGCCAGUACGACCUGCUGAAGUUCUCCUUGUCUCGCAUCAACACCUACCGUGGGAUCGCCAGCCGAGCCUUCCUGUCCAUCACCUCUGACGACGCCAUGCUAAGCGCUUUCAGUCUCAGCAGAGAGCUCCGCAAGCUCUCGCAGAAAGAGCCCGAGUUCAAGCCUCAGUACCUGGGCCUGGAGCAGCUCUGUCAGGAUUUUGCGGUUGAGUUACUGGGCAUGUGUCGCAACCAGAGCGAGGUGACCACGAUCCUCAACAGCUGCGGAGACGAGAGCCAGGAUGCCUUGGAUCAGCAGGCCUUCGAGGAGGGGAUACCCAACCUGUCGCGACUGCGGCUUGCUGUCAACUACAACCAGAAGGAGUUUGUGGCGCACCCAAUCUGUCAGCAGGUGCUCUCAUCGAUCUGGUGUGGGAACCUGGAAGGAUGGAGAGGCAGCAGGACCGCCUGGAAGCUGUUUGUCUCUGUGGUGAUCUUUCUCACCAUGCCGUUACUCUGCCUCGUCUACUGGAUCGCACCAAAGUCAAAGGUAGGAAAGAUCCUGAGGAUUCCUGUGAUCAAGUUCCUCCUCCACUCGGCCUCAUAUCUCUGGUUUCUCAUCACAUUACUCGGAGAAUCGAUAACGAUGGAGAUGUAUCGGGACAAGUUUGCCUCCAGGCAGCAGAACAUCCUGCAAAGCUCCUUCCACAUGGUGUGGGUGGUUGGAUUCUUCUGGUACGAGUGUAAGGAGGUGUGGAUCGAGGGGCUGCGGUGCUACUUCCUGGACUGGUGGAACUGCUUGGACAUGAUGGUGCUCAGCAUGUACCUGGCGUCCUUCGCUUUACGGGUGCUCAUCAUGCUCAAAGGUUACGUCCUCUGCCAAGAACACAGCGGCACGGACGACUGUGUUUAUUUCACCGAGACUGUGCGUGAGGACUGGCGCCAGGAGGACCCCCAGCUGAUUGCGGAGGUGCUGUUUGCAGUCACCAGCAUGUUGAGCUUCACACGGCUGGCGUACAUCCUGCCGGCCCACGAGUCUCUGGGAACUCUACAGAUCUCAAUCGGAAAGAUGAUUGACGACAUGAUGAGAUUCAUGUUCAUACUGAUGAUCAUUGGAACAGCCUUCCUCUGUGGCAUUAACAACGUGUAUGUUCCAUACGUCAUCUCUCCACAUCUUGGCAGGUUUAAUGAGACGUUCCACUUCUUAUUCUGGACCAUGUUCGGUGUGGCCAACCAGGACUACGUGGACAUGCCACAGUUUAUGUUGGCAGAGUUUGUCGGGAGGAUUCUCUACGGCAUCUUCACGCUCGUCAUCGUCAUCGUCCUGCUCAACAUGCUUAUUGCUAUGAUCACCAACACCUUUCAGAAAAUUGAGGAUGAUGCAGAUGUGGAGUGGAAGUUUGCCCGGUCAAAGCUGUACCUCAGUUACUUCAGAGAGGGCCUCACCAUGCCGGUGCCCUUCAACAUCAUCCCCUCACCCAAAGCUUUCUUCUACAUCUUGAGGGCCAUCUUCAGAAGAAUCUGCUGCUGCUGCAACUGUAAUUCUGUGCAAGAAUAUCCCCCUUUAACCAACUUGUCCAAUGACAAGGAAUCUGAGGAAGCCCAGAUACCGUACCGGCAGCAGGUGAUCAGGGCUCUGGUGCAGCGCUACAUCGAGUCGGCUCGCAGGGAGUUCGAGGAGACCAAGAGGAAAGACAUCGGAAAUCGCAUCACCGUGCUGAGCAAAGCGAUCGUCAGGAUGCACGGUGACAUCAAGGUGAUCCAGCAGCUGCUGACGGAGGACGAACACUCUGCAAGUGAUCCAGUGACCAGUAAGGAAGGCUCCUCCAUACUGGGGAAAUACAUCCAUGGUGCCAGGAACAAUUUCAGAGGUUUUAACAGCAUACAAGAGUUCAAAAACACGUCAUCUAAUAUGACAGUGCACCAGGAAGAGGAAGAGGUGGACAAAGUUGACUCAGACACAAAACAGGAGACAGACAUGCAGCAGAGUCAGGUGACCGACUGUGACGUGGUGAAGAUGGAGGAAGGCAGAGUUAAAGCAGAGCCAGGAGAUGAGAGGCCAACUGAGAAAAAAGAGCAGUUGGAAGCAGAAAAAGAUGAAAGCACUGACAGUGAAGUAAAAAGCGAGGGGGCAGCAGGGAACAGCUGCAAUAAUCUUGAAGGGAAAGUGAAAGGUGAGGCCACACAGGAUGAGGUGGAGAAAAUAAGGGAAGGAGAGGGACUCAGAGAGGCCACCGCUGGACAAGCUGAGAUCCUCCAAGUCAGCAAUGAGAAGACAGACGUAAACAAAAUUGUUCACAAGAUGAAAGACAUAGUGCUGCAAGAAAAAAAAGCAGAGGUGAGAUGGGGGAAGGGCAGAAAGUUCGAGCACAAUGUAGCAGAGAAGUCUGGCGUCAGGGAGGGCAACGACAAACCCAGCGCCAAGAAAACUAUUCCCUCGCCGACGGGCAGCAGCAGCUCCCAGGACACGGGCUUCGGUUCCCAGGAAGGGGAGGGGACCAUCGUUGGGUCGCUAGUGACACCGUAACCUUAGUGACAUCACAGUUA